GAGAGAAGAGGACGUUUGGUUCAGGAAACGAAACAGAAACAAAAGCCAUACGACGUCGAAGCAGUUCCCUCGAUCAGGAGAAAUAUAAAACGCAUUUUUGAACAAAUAGUCUGACAGACAGUAACAACAAGGGAUGGCCUCUGCUAUCACUUCCUGGUGUGAAGAGAACUUAUCAUGUUCCAUCUGUCUGGAUGUGUUCAACAAUCCAGUUACCACUGCAUGUGGACACAACUUCUGCAGAACCUGUAUUACAAAGUUCUGGGAUGAACAAGUCCAGUACAAAUGUCCUGUUUGCAACAAGCUUUUCAACACAAGACCUGAUCUACAGGUCAAUACCUUCUUAUCAGAGCUGGCUGCUCAGAUUAGAACAAGUGUACGAGUAAAAGAGCAGCUUUUUGUUGAACAAGCAGAAGUUCCCUGUGACGUCUGUACUGGGACCCAGCUGAAGGCCGUGAAGUCCUGCCUAGUGUGUUUUACCUCUUACUGCCAAACCCACCUGGAGCCACAUCAGAGAGUCGCUCGCCUGCAGAAACAUCGGCUGGUCGAGCCUAUGGACCGUCUGGAAGACAGGAUGUGUAAGAAACACGACAGACUUCUGGAGCUCUUCUGCCAGACUGACCAGGUAUGUGUGUGUCAGUUCUGCACAGAGGGUGACCACAGGUCCCAUCCUGUUGUGCCUCUAAUGGAGGAGUAUGAAGUGAAGACGACCCAGCUGGGGAAGAUAGAGGCUGAAGUUCCGCAGAUGAUCCAGGAGAGAAAACAAAAGAUUAAGGAGAUCACAGACACAGUGGAACUGAGCAGCAAAGAUGCAGACAGAGAGAUAGCCAUUGGUGGCCAGGUCUUCACUGCUCUGAUAGGCUGUGUUGAAAAGUGCCGGGAUGAAUUCAACCAAACUGUUCAAGAGAAACUGAAAUCCACAGAGAAACAAGCUGAUGACCUCAUCAAAGAGCUGGAGCAGGAAAUAGAAGAUCUGACCAAUAGAAGCUCAGAGGUGAAGCAGCUCUCACACACUGAAGACCACCUCCACUUCCUCCAGGCCUUCAGAUCCCUGAAGGAUCCUCCACCCACCAGGGACUGGACGACGGUGGAGGUCCGACCUCCGUCAUACGUAGGGACCUUGAGGAGAUCCCUGGAUCAGCUGGAGGAGACACUGAACAUGGAGAUGAAGAAGCUGCGUGAAGCUGAACUGAAGAGGGUCCAGCAGUAUGAAGUAGAUGUGACUCUGGAUCCUGAUACAGCUGCUUCCAGUCUCAUCCUGUCUGAGGACGGGAAACAAGUACAUGAUAGAGGUGUAGUGAAGAUACUCCCAGACAACCCUAAAAGAUUUACGAGGAAGAUAUAUGUUCUAACGAGGCAGAGCUUCUCCUCAGGGAGAUUUUACUUUGAGGUCCAGGUUAAAGACAAGACCUCAUGGUAUUUAGGAGUGGCCAGAGAGUCCAUCAACAGAAUCGCCCUGACCGAAGUGACCCCUGAGACUGGUUACUGGACGCUUGACUGUGACAAGGAUUGGAUGGUAUUUAGAGAUGACCCUGAUGUCCGUCUCCCUCUGAGAGCUGAGCUCCAGAAGGUGGGGGUGUUUGUUGAUUAUGAUGAGGGUCUGCUCUCCUUCUAUGAUGUGGAGGCCAGGGUUCAUAUCUACUCUGCUACUGGCUGCACCUUCAGUGGGCCUCUCUAUCCAUUCCUCUGCCCAGGCCGCCAUCAUUAUGAUGGUAACAACACUGCCCCCCUGAUCAUCUCACCUGUCAAUCAAACAGACUAGGACCUUAGUUUGAUAAUAAAAUAAUCAAACAACCUAAACAACUCAUGUUGUUCCAUGAAGGAUAAUCUCUGUGUGAGAUCUGAGAGAUCUGCAUUAGUGUCUCCUGCUGUCUUUAAUGAGCGUUUCUAAAGGAAUAUAAUGAAUACAACUCAUUAAAAAUGUUAGAUUACACUAUUAUUUGUCUGUUUUCUCCUGAUUUCUUUUAUAAAUUGAACUUUAUAAAAUUGUUAACAGUUUUUACGUAGAACAUCUUUAGAGGAUUAAUUUGUAUAAUAAUAAUUGUAGUUUAUUAACUUUUCUAUUGAUUUUAAAUUCUGAAUAGUUAAUGAAAAAACAAUACAAUGUUCUUUACACUUUGAUUUUAAUAAAAGGCAAAAAAUGUAUGGGCCUACAUUAUCAUUGUAAUAGAUCAUUUAAGUGAAAUAGAUACAUUCCAGUCAAUAGUAUUGAGUAUAAAUACUGAUACAAGUGUAAUGCAAAAAAUUAAUUUGUUUUGCCUAAAACCCUUUUUUUGAUCAUUUCGAGAUUGAUGUAACGUUUUAAAUCACUGAAGAAUUGUAAAAGGUUCGUAGUUGAUGAACCAGUAAAUUCAUCUCCAAUAUACAACAACCCAACAUGUGUUACACUUACACACAUGUUUAAAUGUGUGUUUCACCUCCCUGAUAGUCUGAGCAAAUAUGGGAGGAAUAUUAGUAUUAUGGCAUACCGUCAAAAGAGGUAUGAUGCAGCUCACCUUGCAUGUUGUGGAGGAACAACAAUUCAUUUAUGUAUCUUCGAUUUUACAAGGCUUAAGGAACCAGGUUAACGAACAAAUCCAAUCAAAUCAAAACAUAAUCUCGUUAAUCCAGGAAAGGAUAUCCAACCAAACACAAAUAGAGGAGGUAUAUACAGGAAAAGGGGCAACUGGAUGAUGGUAAAAUCAAAGAGAAAUAUAACUUGUUGGUGGGCGUGCCCGUAACCUGCGUCCGCGUCCCAGUUUGAUUGACAUGAUCAAACAGCUUGCCCCGCCCCCUGAUGACAGCCCUCACUGCUGUCUCCAA